AGUGUCAAGAUUCAUGAAACAAUGAGUGUGGCACAAUUUCAGGGUUUUAUUUUGGAUGGAAUUUUGGAGAAGAAACUUUAUGAAAAAUAUGCUACGCCGUGGCCUAUACCUGAUGAAAAUAAUCGUAGGCUAUUCGAAGAACUGAAUGGGAGUCUGCAGAUUCUGUUCCAAAGAAAGAAAUUAAUGUCUUUACGGAGCUGGACAAAUAUGGGGAAGUGAGGUAUGGGGGAAAGGCUGGUUGUGGAAAUGAGCUUUGAAAGGCGCCAUGGGUUGAUUCAAUACAAUUUGGCUAAUUAUAGAAAUGUGCUAUUUUACUGUUUAUAUAUAAAUAGAUAGUGAUUCCUCAAAUUCUACUCUCUUUCUGGUUUUUCUCCGAUCCAACCGUUCUUCCACACACAUUUUUCCCCCUCACUUGAAUGCAAUACGUUUCUCUAUCCAUAUUUUCAUAUCAAUUUUUUUGAUCUCUCCUUAUUCAAAAUUGGGUUCUGGGUGGGUUUUUCUUGUCGAAAAUCAUAUAUAAGAUAUAGAUUAUGGGUACUCAGCAGACACUGAUCUACAGCUUUGUGGCGAGAGGCACGGUGAUAUUAGCAGAAUUUACGGGAUUCAAGGGGAAUUUCAUCGGCAUUGCCUCCCAAUGCCUGCAGAAGCUGCCGGCAUCCAACAACAGGUUCACUUACAAUUGCGAUGGCCACACCUUCAAUUACCUUGUGGAAAAUGGAUUCACCUAUUGCGUUGUUGCCAUUGAGUCUGCUGGCAGGCAAAUUCCGAUUGCGUUUCUAGAGCGUGUUAAGGAUGAUUUUAACAAGAGAUAUGGAGGAGGAAAAGCCACAACUGCAGGUGCCAAUAGCCUGAAAAAGGAAUUUGGGCCAAAAUUGAAAGAGCAUAUGCAGUACUGUGCUGAUCAUCCUGAAGAAAUUAACAAACUUGCUAAAGUCAAGGCUCAGGUAUCUGAAGUAAAGGGUGUCAUGAUGGAAAACAUCGAGAAGGUUCUUGACCGAGGCGAGAAGAUUGAGCUGCUUGUUGAUAAAUCUGAUAAUCUCCGAUCACAGGCGCAGGAUUUUAGGAAACAGGGGACCAAGAUUAGGCGAAAAAUGUGGUUCGAGAAUAUGAAGAUUAAAUUGAUUGUGUUUGGUAUCGUUGUAGCUUUGGUUCUCAUCAUCAUUCUGUCUGUUUGUCCUGGCUUCAAGUGUGCAUAGGAGAACUCACUUAGGAUUGAGUUUUCUAGGACGAUAUAUUUACUGGGAUAGAAGGCUCGGGUUUAUCGUGGGAUGAUUUCUGUCCUCCUUUUUCUACAAUUUUGAAGUUCCAUUCCCCUAUUCCAUUUCCCUCUUGAUCAAGAGCUUUCAUUUUUGGUGGCUUUGUAAUUUUGGAUCUAAUGUAUAGAUUAUAUAGUGAAUGAUGCAUCCCCUUCAUAUUGUAAGCCUGUUCUUCUGAUAUCCUAUCAGAUUCCAUAUA